CUAAACUCCAACAACCAAACUCCACUAGAAUUUGAACUGCUCUCCAAGAAUUUCAAAACUUCCAUGAAGACCCAACGUCCUCUCUCUCUCCUCUCCAUCCUCUUCUCAGCCUUCCUCCUCCACUUCCACCCUACGCCCACUGCUGGAUACUACUUCUACGACACAUCAGCCACAACCACCGACACCGCCACCGCCGGCGGUGACACCAAUUUCAUUCGUACAAGCUGUGAAAUAACCCUAUACCCAGACCUCUGCUACACCUCUCUCUCCGGCUACGCCAACGCCGUUCAACAAGACCCAGCUCGGCUUGCCCGCAUAGCUAUAUCCGUCAGCCUCUCCAAAGCCAAGCACAUGGCCGCCUACGUCUCCAACCUCUCCCGCAAAGCCGACUAUGGAGCUCCACCACGAGCUGCUGCCGCACUUCACGACUGUUUCACAGUCUUCGGAGAUGCCGUGGACCAGAUUCGCGGCUCGCUCAAGCAGAUGCGGCGGCUUGGUGGGUCUGGCGAUUCACUGAGGUUUCAGAUGAGCAAUGUUCAGACGUGGAUGAGUGCAGCUUUGACGAAUGAAGACACAUGUACUGAUGGCUUUGAGGAUGUCCCCGAUGGGCCCUUGAAAUCAGAUGUCUUAGAUGGGGUUGCGAAGGUGGAAGAGGUGACUAGCAAUGCACUUGCUCUGGUUAACAGUUACGUUGCCAAGGUGACGACUCCUUGAUGAGCGAUUACAGGCCGUUAGAUUAUGAGAUAAAAAUAGGGUACGUAGGUUAAUGUUUGUGCUGUAAACGAUAAGGUAGGUUAAAGUUUGCUGUAUAAAAGAUAAGGGUCAAGGUGUUUUUAGUUCUUCAAUAACUGUAUAUGUUUUUUGGGAGUUUCCGACUCUGGUUGAUUUUUCGUUUGUUUGUUUGUGUUGUAUUAUUGUGCUCGUUCUUGCUUUCAGAUGAAAGAAAAAGAACCCUAAAGAAGGGUGGUAACCAGCCUAUUCACUGAAAAACUUGGAUACUUGAUUUUGACUCGGCGGAGAUAACUCUUCUUUUGAUCAUGGCUCCGGAUAUAUUUGUAUAGUCGGGUUUGUUUAAGUUUCGUUUAAUAGAUUUAUGUUAUAUUUAGUAUGAUCGGUGUGAGUGUAUUUAUUUGAGAGGCAUAACAAAUCUAUUAUUUUAUCAUCCG